UCUUCAAUAUUGUGUUGAGCUUCUGCUCCUCUUCAAAAAACCAAAUGGAUUUGGUUAAAGCUUCAAGCCUGAAACCAUGGCGAAUUCCUUCACCGCCACUAAUUAACAUCACCACUUCGACUGCUACCACCUUCUAUUUCUCUCCUCGCUCUUCAAAAAAUUUCUCGUUUCCAUUUUCAACCUUUCAAGUUCAACACACUCAGUUAAAGCCCCUAAUUCUCCAUGGCAAGAAGAGAAACUCCUCUGAUUCCGAACCAGUUCUCGAACCCACCAUCGUCCAAGAAGUAUCAAUGGAUGAAGAAGAAGACGAUGAAUUCGAUUACGAGGAACCACUGAACGACGAGGACGAGGACGGUGACGAGUACUAUGACGACGACGAACAAGAAGAAGAAGAGUUUGAGGAUGAAGAUGAGGAUAGUGUGCCCUAUGCAGGUGAUGGGGGUUCAGGUGGUGGAAUUUCCCUUGCCGGAUCAUGGUGGGAUAAAAAGGCACUAGCUAUUGCUAAAGAGGUUACUGAGUCUUUUGAUGGUGAUUUGCAAAUUUAUGCUUUUAGAACGCUGCUGCGUAACUCCGCCAUUCAAGUUCGCAUUGAGAAGCUUUCCAACAAGUCUGGCUCCCCCAACAUAGAAGAUAUUGAAGCCUUUUCUACAACCUAUAGAGCAAAAUUGGAUGAAGCAGAACUUACCAAAUCUGUUCCGGAGAAUUUAACUUUGGAGGUGUCUUCUCCUGGUGUGGAAAGAGUAGUUCGGAUUCCAGAUGACCUAGACCGAUUCAAGGACAGAUCUAUGUAUGUGAGAUAUGCCAUAGAUGAUGAUGAUUCCAUGAAUCCAUCUGCAGAAGGUGAUGGUGUGUUCAAGCUUGAAUCCUUUGACUUGGAUACAAAAUAUUGCACCUGGAGUUUAGCAGACGUGAGAGUUAACAGAGAGAAAGCAGGGAAAGGAAGACCACUGAAUAAAAAGCAAAGAGAAUGGCGUUUAAGCACUCCCUUUGAUUCCUUACGUUUUGUACGGUUGCACUCCGGCACUUGAGUAAUUUAUUUUCUCCGACAGUUGCUAGUUAGAUCCCCAUCUUUCGUCUGAGUGUGUGUGUAUAUGUAAUGCACAUAAGGAGCUGCAUGUGUAGAUCCUUGGGAGAACAGUUAGCACAUAAAUUAGUUAAGUUUUUCGCACUUUGGAACUUGACUAUCUCUUUGACUAAUCGUUCUGUCAUUUAGUGCUAUUGUUCUAA